AUGGAGUGGUAUGACCUUGAAGUGGAUGGCCGGCAAACAGUUAAAUUUGCAGACUUGCAGUUGCAGUCCUCAUUGAGUCCCACAGGUUCUGUAUCGGCGGGCCAGGCAGCAUUAAACUCCUCACCGAAAUCCCCAGGCGAAGAUGAUCAAUUUAUUGACAAAAAACUCGGCGGCAUUAUACGCCACGGUGAAUGGUCAUGGCUGGCCAAAAAUUCCAUCCUACAAAUUGUCUCACUGCGCAAUGGUCAAACCAUUAGCAGUUAUGAAUUUUGUGAGUCGCGUGGCUAUGACAAUUGUUGCAUCAAAUGUGUUGAAGAAAUUUGCCCCAAUAAUCCGGAAGUCAUGAUGGUGGCUGUGAUUUUGGAAAACUUUCAUGGCCCUGGGGGUGGUGGUAGUUAUGUGGUCUUAUAUUCGGUAGAGCUAAGUUGUGUCCUGUGCACCUAUGAUCUGAGUCUACACAUCACCUGUGCCCGUUUCCUAAAUGCCGCGACAUGUAAGAGAACAUUGCUGCAAAAUUUCGAUGGUUGCCUGGCUGUGGGCAGUGAAGAGGGUGUUUGUGUUCUAUUGGAUUUGAAUAUGUCGAAAAUGUCACGCAUCCAAUCGGAGGUUGCCGAGACGCAAUUUACACCCUGCCACAUUGUGGACUAUAGUAUACCGCUGAAAGAUAUUCAUCGUAAUUUUCGUCAAUGCAAACAGGACGAUGUGACAUUCGGUAUACAAAUGGAGGUUAUCGAAAGUCCCUGUUCCAUACAAUGUAUACAAUCCAUAGACCUGAUUAUGGGUCUGGCAAUUGGCCUCGAAGAUGGCCGUUUGGCUCUAUACGAUUUGGCUGAAAUGCAAAUAUUCUAUAUUGCCCGGCCGAGGCCAGAGAUUGCCAUGUCACCGUUGGUGAAAAUUGAUUAUCUCGAGCCGCCAGAUGAUCCCCGGCCAUGCCUCUACAUAUGGACACUGCAUGAGAAUGGUGAAAAUCUUUAUGCCAUGUUGCAUAAUUUAAUGUAUGAAAAACGUGUCAACGAAGAAGAUCAGGACGAAGAAGAGAAUGGAGCUGAGAAUUUGCAAUACUAUUUUGAGACCUUUCUCAGCAGCACAUUACGCCUGGAAUUGCCUCUGGAGGCAACUAAAAGUGAGGCAUUGGCAUGUCAGGCCAUAUCCACACAUUGCAGCCAUAGUGAUGAGGAUGCCAAUUGUUUGUGUGCCAUAUCAUGGUAUUCCGUAUUGGAGGGUAAAAAUAAACUAUUGAUAUUCGAUUUAAAUCAAUGGUAUAAAGAGGAAAUGCCCUCGAAUUUAAUGUUCGGUCAACAGCCAAGCUAUUUGGCUGGGUAUAUCUUGAAUGGUGAAUGCAACGGGUUGAAUACAUAUCUACAGCCGGGGUCGAUAACACAUUUCAAUUCAAUGCAACGUGUGGAGGAACAUUUCUAUCCGAAUUCGUUGAGUUUUGAUUGUUCCCUCUUGCACACGGAAGGUUGUCGCCGUUACAACUGGGAAGGUGCCCAAAAUCGUUUGAUCAAUUUACUCAGGGUUAGCAGUGCUUCGAUAUUUUUGGAACCCAGCAAUUGUUUCAAUGAGAUCUUGAGAACCCGUUUAAUGCCUCAAUUUACGGAAUUGAAUUUAAAUUCAACAUUUUCCAAGCAAGCCAAAUAUGAGGUUAUGUUAUCCACCGCAUUGGAAAAUAAUUGCAUUAGUUUGCUGCGUGAUUGUGCCAAAUCCUGGAUUGAUGGCAGUUUUAUGGGCAAUUUUGCUGUAUCCACCGGAUUAUCCUUAUCCACCCUCACCGAUUGGAUAUGGAAAAGGGCUAAUGCAAUUAAAUUACGGUCCAAUGAUUUGUGCAAGGGUCUAUUCGAAUUUGGUGGCUAUCCAUUGGAUCAUAGGGAACAAAAGGAACUGUGUUUUAUUACACGGCAAUUAAAACUGCUGUUCGAUCUGUUGGGUGAAAUUUUACAAAUUGGACGUAAACAAAUACCGGAAAGAGUUUAUUCUAGUCUAGAGAAUAAUUACAAUUCUUUGCGCAUGGCCUCCAAUUACCAAGACCUGCUUUUGUGGCUUCUAAACAUUGGCCUACUGCCGGAGGCCUCUCCCUUCAAUACGCAAAUAAAUUCCCAAUAUGAAUUGGUACCCUAUCCCUAUAGAGAAUUAAAAGAAUUCUAUAGUAAAAAGCGGGCAUAUUUCCGCAAACUAAAUGAACAGCAAUACAUAUCGAAGAAAUCGGGUAGCUGUCGCCUCUUGUAUAUAGAUGCGUUCAUUGACCAUUCGUGUAAGAGUAAUAUUUUACAUGAAUAUUGGUUGGAAAAUGAUGGUGACGGCCUGUAUCCGCCCAAUUCGCUGGAGGCUAUGCUGCGUGUAAUGCUUGUACCCGAAUUGGAUUACGAACAUAAAUAUGCCAUACUGUUGUAUUUCUUUUUGGAUUUAAAUAUGGCCAUCGAUGAGGAGGCCUACAAGAAUGUCGUGGCCAAUUUUAUAAAAUUUCCAAGUGUAUUUAAGCUAUCGGCGGCAUUGAUAAAGACGGUGCAAUCAUUUUGGAAUUUGGAUCAUGAUCAGUUUUUGCCCGCCGUUGAAGAAUUCAUAUCACCCUUCAAUAAAAAUCAAUCCUAUCCCCAAUGGCAGGUCGAGCUACUGAUCGAAUCUUUGUUAACACAAAAUUCCGCCAAUUUGGCAUUGCGGAUUUUAGAAUCCCAACCUUCGCUAAUCGCUCCCAUGUUGAAAUUGAAGACACUCCUCGCUAAUGAUCUAAUAUCGGAAGCUUUUCAUUUUGUCCGUACGAAAAAUGAUAACUCCCUAAUGGAAUAUUUUUUUACUCGUUGCCUAAGUCAGGGGCAGUUUGGUGUCAUCCGAGAUUUGGCCCUAAGUGAAAAUGAAGGCAUGAUCUUACAGAAUAUUCUCAAACGUAGUAAGGCUCCUGGGGCAGAGUGUCUACAUUUUGUUUAUUUGUUACAAAAAUCGAAAUAUAUCGAAGCGGUAUCCUAUAUGGAUGAGUUGUCGGCGAAACCGAAAUCUUUGCGAGGAAAUUUACCAGCCCCACAAAUGGAAACACCAAAUAUGGUGUUGUCGGCUUUCAAUACCACCAUGACACCGGUAACCCAGGGCCUGACCGAUGUCUACUUUCGCAUUAAGAAUAAAAUCAAGAAAAAGGAUGUGGACAACAAGUCGCCGGUACCGCUCAGUUGUCAGCUGAUCAAACAGAAUGCGAAUAGUUUGCUGGGUGGUAUCUAUCACAGUUCAGCAUUGAGUGCCCAUUUUGCCACCUACUACUGGGGUGAAAUGCAAGAGGAACGCAAUCAAAAUGAUGCCAAACAAUUGUUGAGUUCCAAUAAUGCCCCCUUCCUGAGGAAACCACAAAAUGAUAAUAGUAUUGUGGAUUUCCUCGGUAAGACUCCAAUAUCCUAUCCGCAGGCAUAUAAAGUGCGGGAGAAACGUAAUCUUGUGGAAAGUGAAAUUCUGGCCAAUGAAGAUGAUCCGCAGGAGCUAAUGGAACGCCAGAAACUGGAGAAUCAAUUAAAUCCGAAAAAGAAGCGACGUUUAGUGGGUCAGGAUAUUGUCAAUGAUUUGAAACAAUUUAUGGAAAUGAAUAAACAGAAGGCGAUUAAAUUGAGUGCCAGUGAUUUUAGGUUCCAUGAAGCGGGAGCAAAGGCGAAAACAACAGCUGUAGAUGAAGAUCUGCGGGAUUCCCAAAAUGUGGAUAUUUUGACUCAGCCCUUGGUGAGCCAAAAGUCUGCAGGUUUCCAGCCAAGGCCUCUGGAGGAGAAUCAACAGGAAUUGCAGGGUAUUUUGAAAUCUGCGAAUAGUGAAAUGGCUACCCAGGAUGAGGAGAAGAAUUUAAGAUUCCGUUUACCCUCAAGGGAUUUAAAUAAUUCCAUUAUUUCGCAAACCAAUGAAGUGGUCGAAGAUGUGGAAGAAGAAAUGGAAUUUGAGGAGGAAGAGCAAAGACCAAAUUCUGCAACCUCCCUAAGAAAACAACCACAAAUUGUUCGUUCCAUUUCCGUGGAAUCGAAUAAAAGUUCGGUUAGCUCUAGCAAUCAUUCGGAGGAUAAUUUCUACUCACCAUUGUCCUCGCAAAAUAAUUCGCGUCUGGAUUCAUCGACCAUGAGUCGGGGUAGUUUGUUGGCGGGACCCAAGCCAAGGAGGCCCAUAUCAAGGUUAUCUGGUGAGAUGGAGGAACAGGGAAGGGAUUCGGUGGAAAGGGAGGUAAUUGGAGGUAGGAGAUCAAUGGAAAAGGAGGAAAUGAGGAAGACAGCCAUGGAGAAGGAAUUGCAGGGAUCUUGGAAAUCUAAGGAAAAUGAGGCCGCGAGGAAGUCCGUGGAGAAGGAAGUCCAGGUAUCUUGGAAAUCCAAGGGAAAAGAGUUAUCAGAAAGCAUUCUGUUUGAGGAGAAGGAGUUAAGAGGAAAUCGGAAAUCUAUGGAAGGUAGGAAAUCAAUGGAAAAGGAAUUGUUGGGAACCAGAAAAUCCAGAGAAAGGGAACUACAAGCAACCCAAAAAUCCCCCAAGGAAAUUCAAAUCGAAAACCCUGACAAACCCAACGAAGAAAUUUCAGCCUCUACAGAGGAUGCCAAUGAAAGUGGCAUUGCCCACACCGAUCUAAGCACCUCCGAACAUUAUGUAACCGCUGCCGGACCCAGCCUCUUCAAUAUUUCCUCACGCAAAUCAUUGGCAAGUGUGGCCAGCACCUCUGAAACCUCGCGGGCUUUCACCACAGCCUUGGAUAAAUUUACCGAUAAAAAUUCUCCUCCUCCUCUUGGACAAACUUCCAGCGGGUUUGGAAGUUUAACAGCUCGCAGCACCAUGGCCGCAACUAGUCGCAUAAAUGAUUUUAUACCCAAAAUAUCCUCUUCGAAGGUGGGCCACUUUUCCACACCCUUUAAAAUGGAAACAAAAAUGGAAAUUAAAGCCACCAAGCUAUCGGAAUGCAGUACCGUUGUGGGUUCAUUUGAUUAUACCAGUUCGACAGCGGGUGGCAGUGGUUCGCAUAAUAUUUUUGCCAUGCCCAGUAUACCGGCACCACCUAGCGCAAUGGAUAGGGCAAAAGAAAAGCCACCCUCUGAGGAGCAGAAACAGCAGAUGCUGGAUACCACAUUGGGUAUGAGUACCUAUGAUUUUUCGGUGCUAGAUAGUACGGCAUCAGGGCAGGUGGCGAAGUCACCGUUAAUGGUAUCGGCAAGGGAUGAAGAGGUUGGUGGUAAGAAGAAAGAAGAAGAGGAGGUUAAGGGUGAAGAAAAAGAAAAGCAAAAAUCUGUGGAGAAGGAGAAGAAAUCGCCCGAAAGGGAACCUAAGUCCAAGGAAGUAGAUCCGAAAGAAAAAGAAGACUCAUCCCAACAGAAAGCCCUCUCCAAGGAGAAAGAGGUUAAACAAGAAAUUCUCUCUCCCCAAGAAACUGAAAGAGAAGAAGAAGAAAAUGAGGAGGACGAACAAAUGGAAGGUGUUGAGGAAGAAAAUGAAGAAGAGGAACCGAUAGUAAAAUACAAACCAGCCGAUAUAAGUGAUGAACCCGAAGAAGAAGAGGAUGAAGAAGAAGGUGGAUCUGGUCGCUCCAAACCUAAAAGGGUUUGGGGUGAUCUACUCUAUAGUUCCGAUGAGGAUGAUUGCAUUGUUUUGUCAUCUUCAUCGUCCUACAUCGAUGACAAUGAUUAUGGCCGACCCUUUGAAAUACGGGAUAACGAUGGUGAGGAAUCGCCGACAAAAUCUGCCGAACGUGCCGAUAUUGAUAGUGAACGUAGCUUUGAUACCGGGGAAUAUGAUGAUUAUGCCGAGGAUGUGGAGGCCGGAAAUGGUGGAGAUGAUUAUGCCGAUGAAAUUGAAUCUCAAGAUGCCUCGGAAAUGGAAAAGGAUGAGGACGAUGAUGAUGAUGAUGUUGUUGAGGUCAUUGAUGAUUCCUCAACGGAUACAAGGAAAAGUGGUGUUCAGGAGGAAAGUAGUAACAGUGAGGAUGUUAAAUUUGUGCAGGAGACUAAGGCAUCCAGCGAGGCUAUUGAAUUGCAAACGAAGGAUGGAGGAAAUAGAGAAGGAGAAGAAGACGAAGUUGUUAGCUCAACCUCAAGGGAAGUGGAAAGGGAAGGGGUUAUUUCCAGGACUAACAAAUCUACGGAAGAGAAAUCCCAAGACGAAAAACUAGAGGUUAGUAGCUCUACGGAGGAAAAGGGAACUACCAAGGAAAAAGUAACAGAAAAGGAGGAGGAAAAAACAACAAAAGAAAGUGGACUAUUGGAGGAGGAAACAUCGGCCUCAAAGGUUACCGAAGCUGAAAGGGCAGCCUCAAAGGAAACUGAAGCUGAACGGGAAGCCUCUAAGGAAACAGAAAUUGAAAAGGGGUCCUCAAAGGAAUCGGAAGCUGAAAGGAAAGCUUCAAAGGAAAAGAAAACUGAAAAUGAGUCCUCAAAGGAAUCGGAAGCUGAAAGGCAACCCUCAAAGGAAAAAGACUCUGAAAGGAUGGAAGAGGAAAAAGAAACCGAAGAGAAGGGCAAAGAGACAGCCGAGAAUCGACAAUCUGAGGAUCACGAGGAGAAAUUGCUCGCAGAGAAAGAAAACUCAGCCAAGGAAAAGGCUGGCCAAAACGAAACGGAAGAGGAAAACAAACGUCAAGAAAAACCCGCAAUGGAAAAAGAUUCCCAAGAAGAAGGCCCCAAUGAAAACGAGAAAAUCGCUUACAAAGGUGCCAAAGACCGCAGAAAAUUGGCUGCCAAUGUCGAGGAUGAUGACGAAAAAAUGGAUACCAUCGAAGCAUCACAAGAACCUCAACCCCCAACCAGCCAACCACCAAAAGACGAGGAUUCUCAAUCCUCGGCCAUGGUCGGAGAAGAAGAACAAAUCACCCUGCGCAUUGAUGAUGAGGAUUCGAUGAAUGCAACCGAGGCGGCCGAAUUGAAAUUACGUAAAAAAUUACGAGAAGAAGAGGAAGCAGCAGCCGCUGAAGCCAAUGAAUCGAUUCGGGAACUUCCGUUACGAAAUAAACGCACCAGACGUACAUCGAUUUCUGCAAAUUUGGACUCGCCAGUGGUGUCCUCUCCUAGGCGUACCACACGAGGCGGUUCGGUGCCACCAAUUGAAUUGCAAAAUGUGGCAGUUGCCUCACCGCGGCGUACAACAAGAGGUACCUCAGUACCACCAGCAGCAGCCGGCGUAGAAGAAGGUGGAAGCAAACCUAACACUCGGCGCAGCAUUCGGGCCACAUCUGUGGUACCUGAGGAAGAGGAGGUACAGCAGGUGAAAUCCUCAUCCUCACGGCGCAGUAUUCGGGCAACAUCUGUGGUACCCGAGGAAGAGGAGGGUGAGGUAAGCGGACAGCAGGUGAAAUCCAACUCCUCACGCCGUAGUAUUCGAGCCAGCUCUCUUGCCCCCGAAGAAGUUGCCGAUUUAACCGCCAAACCCUCUACAGCAUCCAGACGUGGCAUAAGAGGCACCUCAGUGCCACCCAUGGAAUUAUCUGCCGAAAUUGUGGCCUCACCACGUUCGCGAAAUACCCGUGGCAUUUCUGUGCCGCCACAAAGUUUGGCAGACUCUGAAUCUACUAUGGCGCCCAGUACUCCAUCACGUCGCCGCAGCCUAAGGGCAAGUUCAUUGCAACCCAAAACGAAACUUGAAGAAGACGAAGAGGAGGCAGAAUUGGGCGCCACACCCAGUAAGAGGGAGAAAUUACAAAGCGAUGAAACCACCGGCUCACGAUCUGCACGAGGAUCAUCAGUGCCAGCUGCAGGAAAACCCAGCACAAGGCGACGUUCAAUUCUCUUGGAUGCCAUUAAUGAGGAUGGUAGCAGCGUCACGGGAGUGGAUUCUCCGGCCAGUCAUACACGAUUCCGCAGUCGUUUAAAUUCCAAUGAAAGUGAACACAAUUCAUCGGUUGUGGACGCUGCAGAACCAGUCACCACAAAACGCACCCGAAGAGCAUCACUUUCGGCCAACAACUCCGGAGAUUUACCCAUAACUCCCAAACCCAACAGGCGAAACAGCAUAAAUUCCCAAUCCGAUGCGGCAGCUGGUGGGACUCCAAGAACAUUACGUGGUCGCAGCAUAUUAUCCGUACCCGAAGAAGAGGACAACGAGAGUAUACCACCCACACCCAAGGAGAGUACAGCGACCAGAAAAACUGCAGCCAAACGUAAGGUCAGCAGUGAUGAGAAACCCUCGGAGAAAAAUGAAGAGGAUGUGUCGGAGGAAAAGAAAUCCAAUUCCCCCAAAAAUGACAAUACCACAUCAUCGCUAUAUUCCUCCUCACGUCGUUUGACCCGUACCCAAUUGGCCAUGAUGGAGAAAUCCGCCAAUUUAACACCCGUUAAAUCUACCACCACCACUAUGGAAAGUCCAACCAAGGAAUCACCACCCAAAACUAAACGUUCGGCUGCCACUAGGGGGCACGGUAGGCCAUCAUCGGCGGCCACAAACAUUUCACAUGACAGUGAUGAUGCGGAAUCGGUUUCCUCGAAACGUAGUGUUUCAUCGAAUGUUACUGCCACCACCACUACGAAGAGGAGAAGUACCCGGAAGUCGAUUAAGGAGAAGGAGGACCAUGAUGAUGAUGCCGCCAGCAUUGCCAGUUCGGUGGGCAGUGAAAAGAAUACCAGGUCGCGACGAUCCAAGGAUAAAAGUUCACCCAGUGCAGUGUUAACUGCUAUACCAGAGGAUGCUCCCGUUGAAACCAAGAAACGCAGCCGGGCCUCAACAAAACAUUAA